AUGGAAUGUGUGAUCGCAGCUGCGGCCGGUGACACGCUCGUCGCGGGCGACGGGCAGCUGGCAGCCGUGGCAGGCAGGCUGCAGGCUGCGGACCCGGCAGUCCUGGCAGAUCGCCAGCCCGCACUGGGCGGUCCGGGCGCUGGCCGGCUGGGCCCAGCAAAUGUUGCAGAGCCCGGACUCGUCCCUGUCGUCGUCGACCGUGAGGUCGACGACGAUGCGGCAGUCUUGGCGCUAGGCCAGCUGGCUCGGGCAGCGCAGGUGCAGGCGCAGGCGGUGCCACAACUACAUUGGGCGCGGGCUCAUGAGCUGGUAGAGACCCAGCCCCACAAGCAGAGCCCCCACGCCUAUCAUCUGCAUGGCGGCGGCCGCAGUUGGUGCCAGCGUUGCUGGGGCUGGGACGGCCGGUUGGGCUGGGACUGGGGUGCGGUGGACGGCGCCAGCCGUCCGCGCCGCCCGUCGAGUCGCCUGCUGUGCCGCACGUCGUCGACGCUGCGCGGCAGCAUUCGCUUCGAGGCGGCGCUGCUCGUGGUCCUCCUCGUAGCCCUCUUGGGUCCAGCGCGCGCACAGCUGGGUGCGCUGGUGGGCUGCGAGCGCCGCUGCUCCAGCUGCCACCACAGGCCCGCCGCACCGAGGGCGCACCUGUGCCGGGGGCCCAGGGCACACGUGGCGCUCGAGUGGGUGAGGAAUGCUCGUACGGGCACGCCCGGGAUGCUCAAGGGGCGUGGAGACACUGUCAACGACUCCUUGAGGAAGUCCGGCGCCCGCGUGGAGAAGUUAGUGGGACGUUCAAGGAUGGGGGACAAAGCGCCUCUCCGCCGCUAUGAAGGGUUGCUGUUCAUUCCCAUGUUGCUCCUCGUCUCGGAGAGCAGUGUAUCCGGAGGCGACAUGCUUUUCUACGUGUGCAACGAGGCUGGCUUCGAGCUCUACCUCAACCACAUGCGGCGAUUGUCGUUGACGGCCUUGCCGUCGCGCCGGCAUAAGCAGCAGCAGCGCGCGAGCCUCCGCUCAGCGUGCGGCAAGUCCACGAGCAGCCUGCGCUCGACGUUCGGCAACUUCGGCAUAAUGUCGUCGCUCUCGGGUUCGCUGUCGUCGGAGAGCAUUAAACACUUCUCCUACGAGCGCGAGCGGACGAGCGACUGGAUUGACGCACUGUACGUCACGGCGCAGCUCACGCAGUCCUACGAGCGCUCCGUGGCGGCCGAGCGGGAGGAGAAGGAGAUGCCGCGCCGCGAGAUCAAGGAGGUGUGA